AUGGGAAUUCAAAGCUCUUAUCAGCCUCUGAUAGUCAAUUGUAGUUCUGACGAAAUGGAACCCACCUCAAACCCAAUGAAUUUGAGGCCACCUCAGUUUUCUUCUAUAUCUAUGCCUCCUUUUGACAUCUCAAUGAAUGAUAAUGGCGCAUCCAAGCCAUCAUACAAAUGGCGCAGGGUAUUGCUUAAUGUAAGCGGAGAGGCACUUGCAGGAGAUCAAAAACAAAAUAUUGAUCCGAAGAUCACAAUGGCUAUUGCAAGGGAGGUUGCAUCUGUGACUCGUCUUGGUAUUGAGGUUGCCAUAGUUGUUGGUGGAGGAAAUAUUUUUCGUGGAUCCUCCUGGGGAGGAAGUAGUGGUCUUGACCGCUCAUCUGCUGAUUAUAUUGGGAUGUUAGCAACUUUAAUGAAUGCCAUAUUUUUGCAAGCAACAAUGGAGAGCAUAGGCAUUCCAACAAGAGUACAGACAGCAUUUCGUAUGUCAGAAGUUGCUGAACCAUACAUACGUAGGAGGGCUGUUCGGCAUCUAGAAAAAGGAAGGGUUGUAAUUUUUGCAGCAGGAACUGGAAAUCCCUUUUUCACAACAGAUACCGCUGCAGCCCUUCGGAGUGCAGAAAUUAAUGCUGAGGUGGUCCUAAAGGCUACAAGUGUUGAUGGAGUUUAUGAUGAUGAUCCGAGGCACAAUCCCAAUGCCCAUCUCCUCGAGACUCUAUCAUGA